CGUCGUCAAUAUCCUGUGUAGUUUGGCAAAUAAGGGGAGUUUCUUUGCUAGCAAUAUCUCUGGUUAUAGUUAUUACCACCAUCGUUUAACUAGACAAGCUAGUGAAACUAUAUAACAAAUUUUUUCCCCCUAUUUUGACUCAAACUUGUUAAAAUUGUACUGUAAGCUAACGUUAAUUAGUUAACGUUAAGGUAGCUAGCUAACUCAUAAGAUAGCCGGCAAAUUCUGGUGGAUCAAGUUUGUGUCGAGGAGACAGCAAGGCUGCCUGCGUUAGAAGACAGAGGCUAUCCACACCACCACCAUGAAGCUCUUCAGUCUGAGUGUGCUGUAUAAAGGGACCACCAAGUCUAACCUACUGAAAGCUGCCUACGACCUGUCAUCCUUCAGCUUCUUCCAGAAGUCCAGUGUUCAGGAGUUCAUGACGUUCACCAGUGACCUCAUAGUGCAACGAUCAUCUAUAGGGAGCCGAGCCUCUAUCAAAGAACAAGAGUACCUGUGUCACGUGUAUGUGAGGAAUGACUCCCUGGGUGCGGUGGUGAUUGCUGACGGAGAGUAUCCCUCUAGAGUGUGCUUCACCCUACUGGAUAAGGUGCUGGAGGAAUUUUCCAGACAGGUGAGCAGUAUAGACUGGCCCUCUGGUUCUCCUGCCACUGUCCACUAUACUGCCCUGGAUAGCUACCUCGCCAAGUACCAGAAUCCUCGGGAGGCGGACGCAAUGAGUAAAGUACAAGCUGAGCUGGACGAAACCAAAAUCAUUCUGGUGAGUUGAGUUCUCAC